AUGUAUUUAUUGACAUAUUUGACGAGUUUUCUCCUAUUUAUUUCUCUUCAUAUUAAUGCUAAUAUAAUAUCUGACAAUGAAAUUUAUUAUCCUUCAUUAUGGCAAACUGUUUCAUCAUCAUUAACUGAAUAUCCAUUAGUAAAUGAUUCAUCUUCUCAAUAUCGAUUAAUUGAUUCAUGGUUUUAUCCACAUAGACUUGAUAGUUGGUGGGUAGCAGCUAAUUAUUAUUUAUCAGUCAUACCAUUUUUUGCUGCGAAUGAUGUUGGUCUUAUUACUCCUCAAGAAUCAUUUCGUAUUAUUCAAUAUGCAAAUUUUUGUUCGAAUUCAAUUGAAUGUUUACAACAAAAUAUUGAUGAUACAAUUAUUGAUAACAGAAUUAUUGAUAGUCUUUAUUUAGGACCAAUGUGGUUAACAUAUAAGACUUCGAUUGAUGAUGCUUUAUCAUUAGUUGAAUCGAAAAAAAUUUUAUUACCAUCAAAUCUUGAAAGAUUAUUUUGUUAUGGUUGGGCACGAUUACUUAAUUUAAUUGCAAUGGCAAGAAAAAAUACAAACUUAUAUUAA